AUUAACUCUUUUAUUUAUGGUGGACAUCUUUGAACGAAUCAAAUUUAACAGUUGUUUAGGUUAGAGCACGAGUAUUUCCUUUAAUAAAAUAAUAUUAAUUAUUGAAAUAGAGACAGGUAGUUAUUAUUAAGGUAAAAUGGCAAAAAGUAUUAGAAGCAAAUGGAAGAGAAAAUGUAGGGCAAUAAAAAGGGAAAGAUAUGGAAAAAAAGAAUUAGAACGUUUGAAGAAAGCUUUAGGAUUUGCCAACGAACAAAGCGGUAGUACAGAUACAAAUGUCAAAGAUAUAUCAGAAAUUGUGACAAUUACAUCUGCACAGGAAAUUAAAGACAAAGGGAAAGCUAAGACACAAAACGUUAUGGGAGACAUGGAAGUGGAAGAGAUAAAAAGUAAAUUUAAUACAAAAACAUUAAGGGAUGAACACGGAGCUUAUCCAGUUUGGUUACAUCCACGAAAAAUAAGGAAAGCUAGCAAAAAGGCAAAAAAGUCAAAGGCCAAAGUUAAUAAGAAGAACAAGUGAUUUUGUAUAAUUUAUUGUUGCAAAUUUGUUAAUAGUGCAUAAUGUGGUGGAAAUAAAAAUGUAAUGUGUGAGGGUAAUUUUUGCAUACAAAUGUCUGUAAUUUUUUCCAUUUUACAUUAAACUUUGUAUGAAAUCUA